UCUCUCACAAUGCUAGGAGUGUCCUCGCGCCUGCGCCCUCUGGCUACGAGUCACAUUUCCAUUACUGUUUUUUUAAGCUGGUGAAGUUAAAGCUGGCGGACAGAUUUUAACGCUGUUUUUGGGAAGUGUGAGUGUGAAAAUCCGAGGUUUGUGAAAACGCCUGGCACCUGCACUGACUGAGGAGAGAGAGGAAGGCGCGCGCGCGGAGGAUGUCCUCCUCAUCAGAAGGAUGCCUCAAAAAUACAGGGAGCACCUCUUUGGACGAGCGAGGAAGUCCAAACAGCACUUCCUACAUAUUCUCUACCUGUGUUUUUUCCUUCCACUUGUCCCUCAAGUGGGGGGCUACUUCAUGAGCAAGUCCAAGGCUGUUCUGCAGGGCUGCUCGGACCACUGGACGCUGCAGGACAGCUGGGCGAUGCCGCUGCAAUUCCAGAUGACUGUGUGCGUGGACGUGCGUGUGGUGACCCCGGGAGAGUGGACGGCCUUCACCUAUACGUCGCCCCGCUCGCCCUACUAUGACCUGGCCCUGCAGGGUGACGACAGUGCCCUUUACGCCUGGCUGCUGGGGGUGAAGCACCGCUUCUCUGGGCAGCUGGAGUUGGGCCGCUGGUACCGCCUGUGCCUUCGCCGAGAUGCUCGGAGAGACAGCUUCAGCCUGGAGGUCAGCGGAAACCCGGACCCUCAGCAGCGCACUGUUAUCGCCCGGACCAUCCCACCCACCGGGACCCUCCUGCUGGGCUGUCAGCCGCGGAACGCCUCCCCCGGGGCCACACAGGCCACUGUGGAGCUCUACCUGUUUCGGGUUUGGGACGACGUGUCGGAGCACGGGGCCUGCGAGGAAGGGACGGUCGUGGGCUGGGACUCGCGCAUGUGGGGCAUCACCAGACCCCAGGCCAGGGUCUUGGAUGACACGUUGCAGUGCGGCAUGCUCAGUCUUUUACGCCAUUCGCGGAUUAAACGUGAGGUAGAAAGACCAACUGUGACAGCCAGUACGAAUGCCCGAGAUUUCGCCUCAUCUCUAGCUCCAUUUCUCUCCACACUGGCCUUGAUAUCGUCUAUAACGAACGCCCCUCAGCAGCAAGCAAAUGGCAUCACUGCCACUAUUUCUACAUCUACAAGUGCUUCUCCUACUACAACCAUUACUUCACCUACUACUACUGUUGUAACUGUAACAACUACCUCUGGAAUGACUAGCCCCACUACCACAACUGCUGCUGCUUCUAGUUCCACCACUACUACUACUCCAGCUACAAUAUCAUCUACAACUUCAACUCUUGGCACUACCACGUCUACUCCUACUACCACAGCUACCACCAUAUCCACUAGAGCUAACGCCGCCAAUACAGCUCCACCUGCAACUGUUGCUACCAUUACUAGUGCUUCCACAAGUUCUACUACCACAGCGACAGCCACAAGCUCAAGUCUACUUCCAACUGCUACUUCUAGUAGCAGUGGCAUAGUUGCCAUAGUUAGGUCCACAAAUGCUUCUUCUGCAGCCACUACAGCUACAAGUCCUCCUACAACGGCUCCACCAAGUCUACCUGCACCUUCACUUACUACCAAAGCAUUUUACUAUUGGAUGUUUGUCAGUGUUGAGGUGACAGCAGCAGGAACCAGUAAAAGCACCACAGACGUCCAGGACUGGUUUUCAGACCUUUUCAGGCCUGCAUGUGAAUUUGAUGUUGUUGUGCUAAGCUCGUCAACCGAGGUCGGCAUGAAUUUAAACCUAAGCGCUUCUGCGUUAUGCCAAAAUAGCUCCACAGUUGAACUGCAGGUCAUCAAAGUGAGCUGUAAAGACAUUACAGAUUUCAGGAAGACCAACUGCACUGUGCUGGUUCAGUUAAACCAGUCCACAGACACGUGCACCAUCAAGCAGAUCCUCCAGCAGAAAAGCGGAAACUCCUCUCUACACGUUAAAUUACUGGGAGCGGUGAAGAGAGCGGGAAGAAACCUGUGUCUGGAUGGGAGUAUGUUGCCCCCUGGAGAUGGUUUUGUGCUCUGCAACGACUCUGUGCCUGCUUCUGAAACCUGUGAUUCAUGCUCAUAUGACAACAGAAGUUUCAACCCUAAUGACAUGACCGAGGACCAGACGCUGUAUUGUGACAAUAAACCGCAGUACUCCUGUAACUGUAGCAGUUUCUGCAGUGACUCAGGAGCAUUUUAUGGAUUUAGUCUGAAUAUCAGCAGCCCUAAUGUUACAUUUAGAGACAUCAAGGACAAGAUUACACAACUGGGGUCUUCAUGCAACUCAACUGUCCUGCCGUCUCUGUGUAAUGUUUCCAGUCAGUAUCUGGGUGUACACAUACAGUGCCAUGGGAAUGACACACGGCUGUAUAGCUGUUUAGUUGCACUGCAGCUCAGUCAGCGUCUAGAAGUGUGCACAGUCAGUGAGGCACUGGCAGCCUUCCUACAGUCCACGACUUUGUUCACAUAUGAUGGCACACUCAGUAGAUUAGCUCUGUGUGGAAUACCCAAUGAUGGUGCAAGAAGUCUUUUAAACGCAAAUCUCACCUGGGGCUCUGCAAACACCAGUGCUAAUCAGAUAUGUGCACUAAACCAGCCGUCUAUCGGCACCAACUUUACAUGUGACAAGGGUCAGGUGCUUUCUGUGAUUCUAAAUGAGAGCUGCACUGUGCCAUAUAAUUUUGAAACCAGCUCAAGGCAAAUGCCAAAUAUCACAUCUAACACAGCUACACACAGUACAGGUACACUAGCCCAAACUGUCAGUGAAAUAUCAAGUACCAGUCCAGUAAACAGCACAGUCACACCUUUAGAUUCUACAGGUCGACCUACUGGUCCUGUAGCAACAUCUUUUAAUACACCAGCUAUAUCAUCUAUCAAUAGUACUGUGAAAGAACCCAGUGACAAAGCAACAACUCCCAGUACAACUGUCCCAUUGGCCAGUACAUCCAAAUCCGUGGUGACAACUUCCAAUACUAAAGCUACAUCCACCAAUUCUGUGGUUACAUCAAUCAGUAGUACAACUGUAGAACACACCUCUACAGCAUUAUCUCCUAGUUCAACAGUCGCACUGUCUAGUACACCUACACAGCUCAGGGCUACAACCACACCACCUGGUCCUCUAGCAAUACUUUCCGAUACAAAUGGUACAGUAAUAGGAGCUGGCUCUACAGCAUCAUCUCCCAGUACAACUGUCACACUGUCUGUCACAGUCACACCAUCCCAUCCUAUGAUGACACUGUCCAGUGCCACAGCUACAUCCUCUAAUUCUGUGGUUACAUCAGACCAAAGUACAGUAAUAGGAGCUGUCUCUACAGCAUCAUCUCCUAGUACAACUGUCACAGUCACACAAUUGUCUCCUACGUUGACACCGUCCAGUGCCACAGCUACAUCCUCCAAUUCUGUGGUUGCAUCAGACAAAAGUACAGUAAUAGGAGCUGUCUCUACAGCAUCAUCUUCCAGUACAACUGCCACACUGUCUGGUACAGUCACACCAUCAGUUACACCGCCUCCUACAGUAACACCGUCCAGUGCCACAGCUACAUCCUCCUAUGCUGUUUUUACAUCAGUCAAAAGUACACUCGCAGGACUUGGCUCUACAGCAUUAUCUCCCAGUACAACUGCCACACUGUCUGGUAAAGUCACACCAUCGCCUCCUAAGGUUACACCAUCCGAUGCCAAAGCUACAUCCUCCAAUUCUGUUGUUACAUCAGUCAAAAGUACAGUCAUAGGAGCUGGCUCCACAAUAUCAUCUUCCAGUACAUCUGCCACACUGUCUGGUAGAGUCACAACAUCCCAAUCUACAGUGACACCAUCCAGUGCCACAAUUACAUCCUCUCACUCUGUAGUUACAUCAGUCAAUACAGCUACACCGUCUAAUUCUGUGGUUACAUCAAUCAACAGUACAAUGGUAGAAGCUGGCUCUGCAGCAUCAUCUCCCAGUACAAUUGGUACACUAACUGGUACAGUCACACCAUCCCAUUCUACAGUGACCCCAUCCAUUGCCACAGCUACAUCCUCCAAUUCUGUGAUUACAUCAGGCAAAAGUACAGUCAUAGGACCUGACUCUACAACAUCAUCUUCCAGUACACCUGUCACAGUCACAACAUCACAUCCUACAGUGACAGUGUCCGGUACCUCAGCUACAUACUCUAAUUCUACAGUCAAAGGACCUGACUCUACAGCAUCAUCUCCCAGUACAACUUCCACACUGUCUGGUACAGUCACAACAUCCCAUCCUACAAUGACACAAUCCAGUGCCACAGCUACAUCGUCUAAUUCUGUGGUUACAUCAAUCAAUAGUACAAUCAUAGGAGCUGUUUCUACAGCAUCAUCUCCUAGUACACCUGUCACAGUCACACCAUCCCAUCCUACAGUGACAGUGUCCGGUACCACAGCUACAUCCUCCAAUUCUACAGUCCCAGGAACUCUCUCUUCAGCAUCAUCCCCCAGUACAGCUGCCUCACUCUCUGGUGCAGACACAACAUCCCAUCUUACAGUGACACCAUCCAGUGCCACAGCUACGUCUUCUAAUUCUGUGGUUACAUCAGACAAAAGUACAGUCCCAGUACCUAGCUCUACAGCAUCAUCUCCCAGUACAACUGUCAAACUGUCUGGUACAGUCACAUCAUCGCACCCUAUGGUGACACUGCCUAUUGCCACCACUACACCCUCUAAUUCUGUGGUUACAUCAGACAAAAGUUCUGUUGUAGGAGCUGGCUCCACAACAUCAUCUUCUAGUACAACUGCCACACUUUCUGGUACAGUCACACCAUCCCAUCCUACAGUGACACCAUCCAGUACCACAGCUACAUCCUCCAAUUCUGUGGUUACAUCAAUCAAUAGUACAAUUAUAGGAGCUGUCUCUACAGCAUCAUCUCCCAGUACAACUGCCACAGUCACAUCACAUCCUACAGUGACAGUUCAAAGGACCUGA